CUCAGUACUGUUAACUAUAAACCAAUUUUGCUCUGCAGCUGACGAAUUCCUUCUCCCAUGGCGGCCAUUUCAAUGGACUCCGCGUCGGCCAUCUCUCUGAGACCUACUUCUUCCGAAUUCUCCUUCAAAAUCCUGAGUUACUCCAAAUCUUCAUCCCUAUCAUUUUCUUCCUUUACGAAAUCCCAAGGCUACAAUCACGAGAUCAGGAAAGCGUCUCUCUCUAUCAAAAGCAUCGCUGGAACGAGUUCUGGUCCCUCGUUUUCUAGAAAGAAUUCUACUACUUCAAAGAUUAUAUCCGGGGUGAGACGUCAUACAAUUUCUGUGUUUGUUGGUGAUGAAAGUGGAAUGAUUAAUCGUAUAGCUGGCGUUUUUGCUAGAAGAGGGUAUAACAUUGAAUCACUUGCUGUUGGCCUGAAUAAGGACAAGGCUCUUUUCACCAUAGUUGUCUCCGGAACUGAAAAGGUGUUAGAACAAGUUAUUGAGCAGCUCCACAAGCUUGUGAAUGUUCUGAAGGUUGAAGACAUCUCCAGUGUGCAACAGGUGGAACGUGAACUAAUGCUUAUAAAAAUAAAUGCUGACCCGGCAUAUCGUGCUGAGAUUAAGAGGUUAGUGGACAUCUUCAGAGCGAAAAUUGUAGAUAUCUCAGAUGAUUCGGUAACAAUUGAGGUAACUGGGGAUCCAGGGAAGAUGGUUGCUUUCCAAAGAAAUUUAAGCAAAUUUGGAAUUAGAGAAAUUGCUAGAACUGGAAAGAUUGCUUUGAGAAGAGAAAAGCUAGGUGCUUCCGCACCGUUUUGGCGAUACUCUGCAGCUUCUUAUCCAGAUCUCGAAGAAAAGAUGCCUGUUAAUGCUUCCAUGGGAAUCGAAAAUAAAGCAUUCAACGGUGAACUGAGUGAAUCCAAUUCAUCAGGAGAUGUAUAUCCCGUGGAGCAGUCAGAUGAGUUUACUAUCAAACCAGUUCUUGAUGCUCACUGGGGAGUACUCAAUGACGAAGAUAUGGAUGGUCUUCGUUCACAUACAUUAUCUAUGCUAGUAAAUGAUGCUCCAGGUGUUCUUUAUAUUAUCACUGGACUUUUUGCAAGAAGGGGGUAUAAUAUUCAGAGUUUAGCUGUUGGUCAUGCAGAAGUUGAGGGUAUUUCACGCAUAACAACUGUUGUUCCAGGCACGGAUGAAUCAAUCUACAAGUUGGUUCAACAACUUUAUAGGCUGGUUGAGGUUCAUGAGGUACGGGAUCUGACCAACAUUCCAUUUUCGGAGCGGGAGCUGAUGCUGAUUAAAAUUGCUGCAAAUCCCUCUGCUAGACGUGAUGUGCUUGAUAUUGCUCAAAUAUUUAGGGCCAAGGCAGUGGAUGUCUCUGACCAUACCGUAACACUUGAGCUUACAGGAGAUUUGCAUAAGAUGGUCGCACUCCAGAGGUUGUUAGAGCCUUAUGGCAUUUGUGAGGUAGCGAGAACCGGACGAAUAGCAUUGGUGCGUGAGUCGGGAGUAGACUCGAAACAUCUUCGUGGAUACUCGUUUCCUUUGUAAGUUGAGGUGUGAGGGGCACGAAACAUCGCGGUGUUACACUAUGGAUGAUGCCAGAAUAUGUAAGAAUGGUACCAAAAAGAAAAAGAAAAGAACUUUUCUGCAUUGUGUUUAUGAAGAUACUCAGAUGCCCUGGAGCUGACUGAAAUGUUUGUUUUUUUUUUUUAAAUUUAGGGGCAAAUUAAAGAGAACUAGUUUUCUAACAUUUUGUUUGUUAAAUUUUUAAUAAUCUAAGAUGGAUAUUGCUCUA